AGGUAUAAUCUUUUAACAAUGGCGGUCGAUGUUCUUUCCUCAGUUAAGAAUUGGAUAUACAUACUAUGCACACCAACUAAUAUUUUUGCGGUUAUAUUUGGUUUGAUUUAUGUUGUGUAUAGGUUUUGGUGGGACAAAAUAAAUAGGAAAGAGGACUUGAAAAGGGAAGAUCAACGAUUACGCGAACAAAAAAUUCAAAAGGAAGAAGACAGGCAGCGAGCUGAUGCAGAAAAGAUCGCGGAAAUUUAUGAACAAUUCUACAAUGUGGAAAACAAGUUCCUUAGGUUGAAAAAAAGUCUUGAAAUAUUGCGUAAAAGGAAGAUAGUUAAUGAUUUGACAGAAUUUCAUGUUUUGAUAUACAUGUGUCGCAAAGAAAAUUGGAAAAAAUUUCAUCGUGAAUCUAUUGACAUCGGACGACUUAUUUCCGACCCGCAUUAUCGAAAGGCUCUAGAAUCACCAGAUGACUCUAGGGAUUACCUACUUUCAGAUGUUAAAGAAAUAAUGAAGUUCAUCUUAGACCUGCGAAUUAAGUUAUUUUCUAUUAGGAAAAAUCAAACAUGCCUAGAUGAUAUCAAGUUGGAAUUUUCAGGCAAAUUCAUUGAAAUGGGGGAAUCCGUGUACCCAUUUGUGCAAAAACAUCAACAAGAUGUUAUUGAAAGAGCGCUAGAAUAUUUCGACAUUGCUCAGACUGUCCCAGAGCAUGAACACCUAAAUGACGAGCAUGAAAACCUUGAUGAAAAGCCUGGCCUUCAAAACCAGUCACCAUCUCUUUUCUCAAGGUACUGUAGAAUACAACAGACAAGUAAAGAUGAAACAAAGAGACCAGCCAAUGACACAAUUAUUGAAUUGCAACCUACCACAAGUGCAUCAAGCCAUUCACCCACUGCAAUUCAACCAUCAAAUCUGAUGAUUUGGCCUGGCAAUGCUGAAAUAGAAAAUGCAAUCCCGUACCUUAAAUGUUUUGCAUACCCAAAAUAUGGAGAGGAGAUGACACUGAAAUUUGUUAACAUUCAUAGCGACAUUUUGCAUCUCAUGCAUCUAAUUGAAGUGGGGGUGAUAAAAGAAAAUGAUGGGCUGUUACAUGAAAUUGAUAAGCUUUGGAAAGUUAACGGACAUGAACCACCAGGUGGAGGAUUGUUGCAUUCAAUAAGAAUGAUAAUGUAUAAGCUUUGUACCCACAAGAUUAAUCUAGAUCAUCAUGAUUUUUUUAAUAGAUGUGAAGGUUCAGUGGACGAUUUCCGCAAAUUCAUUAGAAAUAUAAUUAAUGUUGAUACGCCUAAUUCUGAAAAUGUGAGGCUUUGUAAGAAUAUGUUAGUACAUGUGGUAAAGAACAGGGGUGGGCAACAUAUGGCCCGCAGAUCGGCCUCUGAAGGGAUUUUGAUUGGCCUGCCAACUGUAUCCAACCAUUGAAUAUUGAUUAUUAUUCAUGUAAUAAUCCAGCCCACCAAUAACUUCAUUUUCCUAAAUCUGGCCCGCCAACUGGAGAAGUUGCCCACCCCUGGUAUAGAAUAAAAAUUUCUUUGUUUUAUUUUUGUUUUGUGUGUAAAUUAAUAGCAAAUAAAGUUAAAGCAAUCGCAA